ACCCAGACAGGCUGAAGGGGGGGUGGGGGCCCUAGGGCCCCCGUCUGAGGGACAUGGGCCUCAGGCCCCUUCCUCCGGCAGCACUGGGGCGUGGGGACCCCGGAGGGAGCCUCCGAAGCCGUAAUCGGGGCCAGGUGCCGGGCGCCACGUGCAAGCCUGACCUCGCAGUGACCUUCACAUAUCAUCGAACCGGAAGACAAACUGGAGGGUGGGUGCGAUCAGCCCAGCCUGCGGUGACCGCACAUUCCCACGGCCACCGGCCAGCAGAAGGCGAGCUGGGCCUAAAACCAGGCCCUCUGUGGCUCACCACUUCCCUCUGUGUUCUUGGAGGUUCCUGAUAAGAAUUCCUUCGGAAAGGUCCGUUGCGAGUGUGCUGAGGGCUGGGCAGAGGCCGACUCCUCAUCCCUCGCCCCUGCCGCCCCCACCAGGAGCAGGUCGGCCCUGGCUGCGGGGCCGGCAGAGGCACCACUCAGACCCCGGUCCUUUGCAGGGGAGGCUCAUGUGGCACGUUGAGUGGACACAGCCCGCAGGAGGUGGGUGAGGGGUGGGGAAGCUCUGGGGGAGGGGCCUAAAGCCCAAGAGGUGCCGUGGGGGGUGCAGGCGGUGGAGGUGCCCCAGACGAGGGCUGGCGGAGAGGCUGGACUUCUGGAGGCCGAGAGGGUGGAGGACGCAGCAGAGACAGGCGGGGCCCGGGCUCGUGCCGCCUGAGGGUUCGUGAGAGAAAGUGCUGGUCGUGGACUCAGGGACACGAUACAGGCUGCUGCACCUUGGGGCUCACCGGGGUCUCAGAAGGGCACUAGGGGGAAGAGAGGCAUCGUUACCCCAUUGGACAGAUGGAGGAGGCGAGGCGCAGGGAGGAGACACAGUGAAGCCAGAGGCAGAGCCUGCAAGAGGGGGGCGGCUCGCAAGCCGAGGUCUGAAGAAGGAGGAAGAAUCAAGGAGGGUCAGGGCUCGGGGGGGAGGCGGCUGGGAGGCCCACCCCUGGGGCCCAGGGUCCGGAACCCCGCCGCCCGCCUGCAGCAGCCCCGGCCCUGGGCGCCCCUAGCCUGCAGGCCGCCCGGGCUCUCCCCUCCUGGCGCCUUCCGAACAAAGCUCUUUGUAGCUAACGAGCUCCAGAGACCGACAGAGGCCUCCUGGUCUCCGCUGGCCCCUCGGCCCUUCCUGAGGAGCGACCGAAUGGACCCGUGGGGUUGGUGACCAAGUGACACUCACAGAAGAAGACGCUGCCUCUAGCCAAGGCCUGGAGAGACCUUCCCCUGAGGCACCCCUUCCCAGCUCCGGCUGGUCGGGCCCUGCCUGGAUGAGCGGGGCCAUCGCAGUCCUAAGGGGACAACGUCAGGAGGGGACAACCGGUCCCUCAGAAACCUAGGGGCACAUCCUCAGACACUCAGCAGGCCAGUUAGCGCCUGCCUUGUUUCUUCUGCCAGCAUAUCUUCUCCAGCUUCAUGGGGAGAAUGCUUCUAGGAAAAACAAAAUUUAAGGGUUGAAUAAAAACUGUAUUCACACAUUUGCUGAGCCCCUACCAUGUGCCAGGGCCUGUGCUGGACUCUAGAAUGCAGAGUGGAGACCGUACGGCGGGGCUUUUGUCCUCUCCUGGGACACCACCCUGGGUCUUCCCUCUGAACAGAGCCGAGGGCCAGUGGGGGGUCAGAAAGACCCCCUCCCCUGGCAGCUGUGGGAGACACACACGCGUACAUACACACACACACACACACACACACACACACACGCUGCCUGAGCAGGGGUGAGGCUGGAGGCAGGAAGAGCAGGUCAAAGAGCAGGCUCCAAGACCUGCACCAAGCCCCAGCCCCAACCGCUGGGAAAGGUGGGAAGACCCGACUGGCCUUGGGGAUCCGGGCGCCCCGGGGAAGGUCUGGACCAGGCACCGGACAUGGAGGGCUGUGCACCGGUGUCCCCACCUGGAGGACGGAGACUGUUACAACACUGCCCGGCACACGCAACUUUUUGCCUUGAGAAGAUGGCUUUUACGAGGAAACUGACAAAGAGUCCCAAGCCAAGAAGGGAGCAAAGAUCCCCUGAGGCCUCGCCAAGCUGCUGUGCUGAGCGGAAUCUCAGGAGGCAAAUUUGAAUGGGGACAAACUGUGCAAAGCCAGUGACCCGAGACCAGCAGUGGAGACGCCUGACUCAGCACCAGUGGGGACACUGGAGGUGUGUGUGAAGUGAAUUCCUAAUGCGCCGUGAGGGAUGCAGAGCAAACCCCGCGGGAAGCCGGGAAGCCGGGAAGCCGGGAGCUUCCUGCCAGUCCUUCGGGAAGGGUCAGGGAGAAGGCGGGGAGGGCAGCCCACUCCCUCUCGCUCCCGUCACGCCAUCCAAGUUGCUGUGGGUAAAGCUUUGGCCGAAGCCCUCGCUCUUUGCAGACUUUUGCUACUUCGUCCCAAACUCAAGCCGGCGAGGUUUGGGCACAGAAGGACAGUUGUACACAGGACAAAACAAUGACAAGAUAAGCGAACUGGAAGGAAGGGAGAUAAGAGUGGAGGGACAGAGACCAGAGGGGGCCUGGGCUGUCCGCACGGGACGGGCCGCCGGCCGCGGCGCGGUGCCCGGAGACCCGGUGGGGGGGCGGCGGUCUGCCCCGGCCCCAGGCUGCACGGUGGGAAGGGGAAGGAUAAUAGAACAAUCCCGGUGUUAUUUUAGCUCCAGGGGUACAAUAUAGUGAUUCACUAAACCCCCAAGUUCUAACACAAUGCCCGCCACACAGUAGGUGCUCAAUAUACCGUUUUCGGAGGGAAAAAGCACUGUGUAAAGGAAAGUAUCAGUCGGAUUCCUCAGAUGUUAAGAGAUUUAAGGAAUGGGCUCGUGCAGUUGUGGGGACUGGCAAGUCCCAAAUCUGUAGAGGAGGCCAGCGGGCUGGAAACUGAGGCAGCCGUGUGGGAGAGCAGCGAGGCAGGAUUCCUUCCUCCCUGGAAAACCUGGGCUCCUGAGGUUUCCUGCUCCUGAGGCCUUCGGCUGCUUAGAUGAGGCCCACCCACAUCAAAUCAACUGAUUGUAGGUGCCAGUCACUUUACAAGAUAUUUUCACAGCAAUAUCUACACCAGUGUUCGACCAGACACCUGGGCACCGUAGCUCAGCCCCACUGACCCGUCAACGGAACCGCCCCAGCUGCAUCAACCCAAGGAGAGGCCAACAGCCAGGCAAGACUGGAUGGUGGAAGGCGAGUGGGAAAGCCAUGAGAAGCUCACUUCCCCACACUGUGAACAGCAGAGGCUGACGACACCCCUCCCCCCACCAGGUGAAAGGGGCCACAGUGACGCAGCCGCGAUGACUGUCCAGGGUGUGGGAGGAGGGUGGGGGCAGGCCCCCAUUGUGAGGCCCAGGUAGAAUGCUCAACUCAGGCUGACUCCGAACCAGUCCUCACCCCCACCUCCGGCUUAGACCUGGGCCUCACUGCCCUCUCCGCCUGGGUGGACACCCCAGGACACCGCCUCACUUGACUCCCAAGAAGGUCACUGGUUACCCACCUGCAGUGCACCUAGGCCCUCUGCUGGGUGCUGGGGAGCUACAGCAUGCCCACGUCACCGUAAAGUGAGCCCAACAGCACCAGCAGCCAAGUGCACAGAGCCAGGUAAGCGCUGUAUUGGAGGCGCGGCUGCAGGGAAGCCUAGAGGGCAGAGAUGAGCUCGCUGGGGUGACAGGACGCUUGAGGGAGCAGGCCCCUGCAGACACAGGAGGGGUCGGUGCAUCCCAGCCGAGGCAGGACCUGUGCACAGGCCUGGAGCACGGAGGGCUGAGCCUGGCAGAGCGGAGAGGGCCGGGAGCGGGGCACAGCCUCUGACCUCACAAUACCCAGGGCCCACUGGGCCAGCCUUGCCUCUGGCAAACCCUGGUGCCCUCCUCCCGCCCGGGCGAGGCCCGGGGCCCUGGGCAGUCUCCAGGUGCAGAGCCCCGACUCGGGCUGCACCCAUCCCGUUGCCCCGGGGCAUGUCUCUACUCGCCAAUUAUGAGGGGCUCCGGCAUCAGAUCGAGAGGCUGGUGAGGGAGAACGAGGAGCUAAAGAAGCUGGUGCGGCUCAUUCGGGAGAAUCACGAGCUCAAGUCGGCGAUCAAGACGCAGGCGGGCGGCCUGGGCAUCAGCGGCUUCAGCACCGGGUUCGGCCAGAUGGCGGCCACUCCUCAACACCAGGGAAACUGUGUCUUCCUGCCCCCGUCCCCGGCAGCAGCACACGAGCCCGUCCUGGAAGAAGUGGGCGUUGUGGCUCUGGCACCCCUGGCCGACAUGCUAAACAGCCCGCAGCCCGGCCCCACGGCAGGCCCCAUCGUGAGCCCCCUGACGGGCCCCCUCAGCACCUUGCUGCCCGGUCUAGGGCCCAUGUCACAGAGCGGCCUGUUCUCCAGCAUCCUGACCGGCCCCCUGACUCCGAGCAGCCCCCUGGCCAGGCCCCUGGCAGUGGCCCCAGGAGGCACACUGGGCAGCUCCAUGGGCACGGUCUCCACCGGCCCUCUGACUCCGAGCAGCACCCUGGCCGGCCUCAUGGCAGUGUCCCCAAGAGGCACACUGGGAAGCUCCAUGGGCCUGCCCUCCACCGGUCCCCCGACUCCGAGCAGCCCCCUGGCCGGGCCCCUGGCAGUGGCCCCAGGAGGCAUACUGGGCAGCUCCAUGGGCACGGCCUCCACCGGCCCCCUGACCCCGAGCAGCCCCCUGAUGGCACCUACGACAGGCACAGUGGCCAUCUCUCUGAGCAGCCCUCUGCUCACCUCCACAGCUGCCCCUCUAGGUGUUUCUCAGAACCUUGUGGCCAACCCCGUGAGCAAUCUGGUGCUGCCGGAGGCCCAGAGGGUGCGGCUGACAGAGCCGUUCCGAGGAUGCCCAUCUGGACCCCCUCCCUCCGCUGGAGCAGGGCCUGCUGGCACCACCAAAGUCCCAAUGUCCACUGAGCACCCACAGCCGACCCAGGACCCGGAGCCUCUCGGCGUGACAUUUGUGGGCGUGCCCUUGCACACCUCUACCCCCAUGGAGACCAAGGGCGCAGCUGGCCCCGGGACGGCCUUCUCCUUCAGCACCUCGGACGCCCGGGCCCAGCCCGGUGCCCCCCAGGGACAAGCAGUUCCUGCCCCUGUCCCCGUCGCCCCUACUGCUGCCCCCCAAGCUACCACCGGCUACGCCUCCCCCGGCACCACCCACGUUGCCCAGUGCCCACCCCCGUCCCCCACCCGGGCACACCACCCCCCCACCCAGCCCUCAUCCACCCCCCACUCCCCUCCUCGAAAUCCGCAUUCCCCACCUCGCACCUCGUCCUCCCCGGCUUCAGUCAACGACCCCCGGGGUCCACGCGGCACAGAAACAUCUCGGAAAAGCAUGGCAGAGUUGGAACGGAAGCUGGCCCACAGGAAGAUCAGCAGGUUUCCCGACAGCCCCCGAGAGUCGAGGCAGCUGGCCUGGGAGCGGCUGGUGGGGGAGAUCGCCUUCCAGCUGGACCGCAGGAUCCUGUCCAGUAUCUUCCCCGAGCGCGUGCGCCUGUACGGCUUCACCGUCUCCAACAUCCCAGAGAAGAUCAUCCAGGCCUCCCUGAACCCCGGCGACCACAAGCUGGAUGAAGAGCUGUGCCAGACGCUCACGCAGCGCUACGUGAGCAUCAUGAACCGGCUGCAGAGCCUGGGCUACGACGGGCGGGUGCACCCGGCGCUCACCGAGCAGCUGGUGAACGCCUACGGGAUCCUGCGUGAGAGGCCAGAGCUGGCCGCGUCCGAGGGCGGCUCCUACACCGUGGACUUCCUGCAGCGCGUGCUGGUGGAGACCGUGCACCCCAGCAUGCUCACCGACGCCCUGCUGCUGCUCUCCUGCCUCAACCAGCUGGCGCAUGACGAUGGCAAGCCUAUGUUCAUCUGGUGAUGCCGGCUCCUGCCAGCCAGGCCCGCUCUGCCCCGCUCCUCGGUGCCAGGCCAUUAAAGCUUCCCACACACGCUA